CGGGCUGGGCCGGCACCGGGUUUCGUGUUACAGUGCCCAGAAGCUUGGUUUUCAACCCGGCCGGGAUGGAUGGCGUAGCUCUCCAACAGACUUAGCUGUGGGUGUGCUUUUUUGAUGAUCAGGUGGUUGUUUUUGCCCCUUGACAACCUGCUUUCACACUCCACUCCCACUCCUCCCAUUUGAGAGAUCUAUGACCUUGGAAGGGGCAAGAGGUACGGAGCAGGAGGCACACAGCGGGGGCUUCAAUGGAAAAGGCAAAUUCUGUUUCCUCACCUGCUGUAUUACGCACAUGAAACACGCACCAGGACUCUCCUGUGCCGGAUGCUCACGCUUCUUUAGUUGUGGUUUCAUGUUCAGCUUUAAACCAGAUGUCUUACUUUGCCAGUUUGACUUUUGUUAAGGAGCCAUGAUACGUUCGAGGCUUUUCUCAGCGAGAUCCUGGCCGGUGUUGGAGGGCUUGGGGUGCUGGACACCAUUGGCACGAGUGUUUCCCAGCCCCGGGCGGCUCCUUCCCCAGCACGCUUCUCCCAGGCUGCUCUCGGUCAGCUGUGCGGGCUGCACCAAGCACCAGGACCCCCCCAGGAAGAAGCGGCUCUCAGAGAAAAAACUGAAAAGGCAUUUUGUGGACCAUCGCCGAGUGCUUGUCCGAGGGGGACGCGGAGGUGACGGGGUGAGCUGCUUCCACAGUGAGCCCCGGAAGGAGUUUGGAGGCCCCGAUGGUGGCGACGGAGGCUACGGCGGCCACGUCAUCCUGAGAGUUGACCGGCAAGUCAAGUCCCUGUCCUCAGUCCUGUCUCAGUACCAGGGCUUUGACGGAGGAGCCGGCGGCAGGAAGAACUGCUUUGGGCGAAGCGGCGCCAUCCUCUACGUCCAGGUCCCCGUGGGCACUUUGGUGAAGGAGGGAAACGAAGUCCUGGCUGACCUCUCGCACCCGGGUGAUGAGUUCAUCGCAGCACUGGGCGGGGCAGGCGGGAAGGGCAACCGCUUUUUCCUGGCCAAUGGCAACCGGGCGCCCACGACUUGUACCCCCGGACAGCCGGGUCAGGAGCGGGUCCUCUUCCUGGAGCUCAAAACGGUGGCACACGCUGGGCUGGUCGGGUUCCCCAAUGCAGGGAAAUCCUCGCUUCUCCGGGCCAUUUCCAACGCGAGGCCCGCCGUGGCCUCCUACCCGUUCACCACCCUGAACCCGCACGUGGGGGUCGUUCACUGUGAGGACCACCAGCAAAUAGCAGUGGCUGACAUCCCGGGUAUCGUCCGCGGAGCCCACCAGAACAGGGGCCUGGGCUUGGCCUUCCUGAGGCACAUCGAGCGCUGCCCCUUCCUCCUGUUCGUGCUGGACCUCUCGGUGCCAGAGCCGUGGACGCAGCUGGAUGACCUGAAGUACGAGCUAGAACAGUACAGGGAAGGCCUGUCCGGGAGACCCCAUGCCGUCGUGGCGAACAAGGUCGACCUCCCUCAGGCCAGAGCCCGGCUGCCCCAGCUGCAGGCCCGCCUAGGCCGAGAGGCCAUCGCCCUGUCAGCGACCACCGGGGAGAACCUGGAGGAGCUGCUGCUGCAUCUGAAGGAGCUGCACGAUGACCACGUGGCCGCGGAGCUGGAGCGUGGCCGCCAGCCUCUCCGGUGGUAGCGGAGGUGGUAGGCCGGGAGGUGGCCUGGGCAGUGCCCGGGCAGGCUGCCUGUGACCGGAGAUGAGGAAGGAGCCCCGAAGAGUCGGAGGCCUUCCCGCCAGCUCAGGGCUCCCCGCCAAUGCUCCCCCUACCCUGGGCCUAGGACCUUGGGGCGGCGGAUGCUCGUGCACCCGCCGGUCUGUUCCCAGUGCUUCCCGCGCCCGCCUGCGUGCGACUGACGUUCUGCGAUGGGCUCCUCUGUGUUAAUUGGCCCCUGAUUAGCAGGGACCACACUCUGCCUGAUGUCACCAAAUGCUGCCAAGUGCACACGGUGGAUGGGAGCCGGUGUUGCCUGCUGACCCUCGGGUGGUGGCCGCUGUCGCAGAGGUGGGCCCUUGAUUCCACGGCUGUCGACAUUUCCCGCGAGUGCAGUUUUGCAGGGAUGCUCUGUCUGCUGCGCGAGGGCCGGGGGAGGGAAAGCAUUUGCAGGCGCCCAGUGGUGAAGGAGCAGGUGCGAUCCUCUUCUCAGAUGCCACCGUCUGAGGGAAGCAGUGAGGGUGACACCCGCGCUGUUGUCCCAGACGGUGCUGUGCUCUUUGGGAGCCGAGCUUCACGACUGAAUGCUCCCAGUAUCCGACCCAGGGACGUGUGGCUUCUGACCCGCUUAGUACGCGCGAACGGGUUAUUAACUGUGGACCGCGGGUGGGGCGUGGCAGCGACGUCCCCCAGGGUAGCCAGUGGCUCAGGUUUGUGCUUCUAGGCAUCGAUGGGAGCCGCGCCCGCGCCCCCCAGCCUCCCCUGACUGCAGGUGCCCCGUGAGGACCUGCUCCUAGCCUGCUCAUCCGGCAAAACGGUCUAGAACUUUUGUUUCCCCCAAAUAAAAUCUGAUGCAUCUGACGUGUCCCUGAGGGCCUAAGGGACGAGUGGAGAAAGGACCCGGGGCCCUGUGGGGAUCGGCCUCAGGGUCCCGAGGCAGCUGGGCCGCUGCGUGCACUUAGGCCAGCGUCUUUUCCACACGGGGGGUGGGGGGUUGGGCAAACCUCGGAUGAUAAGCCAGCGCCUGAGCUUUCAGGAGCAAUUCCGUUUUGAUCUGAUGUCAGAUCUGCAAGUAGAACAAGAGUCCUUUACCUGAAGCUUGAUUUUAAUGUUUUGUAAUUUCAGAGGUCCUUGUGUUCUGGAAACCAGAGAUGGGUUUUGCAUGUAUUUGCGCUCUCUCAGGCCACCGCGAAGAGCAGCAUUAAUUAUCCAUGGCCUUUCAUCUUGCUUGCUGGGCGCCCACCACGUGUGCUCUUCAGAGAGGAGACACUCAAGAUGCCUCCCGCGGCUGACGCAGAAGGGGUGCCCCAGAGGGCAGGGGCUCUGUCCUCUUCUCGGCUGUGCCCCAGCAGCCUCAGGGCCUGACCCCAAGGGGGCACCGGUUUGUAUUUGUGGAAUGAGCGAGUGCACGUGGCUGAUGUUAGGUGCAUUUAGGUCUCUUUUAGUUUGAAGACUCUUUUAACGGGUGGGUGGUUGCCGAGCAAGAGCCGCGUCAGCUCCCCCAGGCUCAGCCUCAGCCGCGCCCUCCUCCUCUGGCCGUCCCACUGAGUGAUCUGCUCCAAAGUCUGAGCAACUCUUGCUUCCUUGAUCAGCCCAGGGCACCACCUGUUGACCUCUGGCCCCUGGACGGGGACUUCGCUUUCUCAUGUCACCCUCCCUGUGCCCUCCCCACGGCCGCACCGGGUGGCCUGGGUCUGCGUCCGGCCAGCGGGGCGUGGGCGGUAGGGCCAGGCGGUUGACCGUCUCCGUGGGGCCCUUGUUCUCUGGGGGCUGGCACAGCCCUGGGUUGUUUCCUUGCCUGGCUUUCUCUCUACCUCUGCGUGGUGUUUCUGUCCCAGCGUCGUCCCUCCCCUACUGGUUUCAUCUCCCAGAAGCUCCAGCCGCCAGCCUUUCCCUGAGAUUUCUUCUCUGUGUGCUUGGCCCUCUGCUCCCAUGCGGGCGGUGGGCUCAGCGCCUGGCGGGGCCUCCCGGGGCGGGGUGGCCGUCUCCUCCCUGGUCUCCUCUCCCUCCCGCUUUACUCUCUAAUUCAUUGUCAAAGACCCUAUCUCCCGGUAAGGUCACGUUGCAAGUUUCCAGUGCUUGUGAAUUUGAGGGUGCCCCUCAACCCAGUCAGCACCCUAUUUUAAUACCCUGCUCAGGCCCCUUCGUCUCCCCGCACGGCAGCCCCGGUGCCAUAACCCCUGUAUGCACGGGUCCUUCCUCCACCCCGUCUGGGCCACCCUCUCCCUCCAGCGAAGCCCCAGCCCUCGCCAGGCCCGAGCUGGCCUGACCUGGCCUGCCCGUUCCGGCCGCCCGCCCCCGCCCUCUGUCCUCUGCCCCGGCUGUUUCUUGGCUACACCGCGGACCCUCCAGGACAGCAGGCUUUUGUGCUGCCAGUCCCUGUGAUGCAAAUGCCCUUCCUCAGACACCCUAUGAACGCCCCCCAGCCGGGGGCCUCUCUGACCACCUGAUCAAACAGCCCCACCCGCAAGGGCCCUGCCCUGUGCCUCGUCAGCCAGCGCAUGGCCCGCUGGCCUGGCCUUACGCAUCAGCCCCUACCGCCACGAGGUUCCUGGUCCGGGCUGCAUCCCAGGGCCAGGACAGCGCCGGCACCGGAGGCAUAACAGACGUGCUGGGCAGAUCGUAGUUAAGGUGACUACAUGCACGUGUGUGGGGAUACAUGCCAGCAUGUUUACGGACAGGGCACACGUUCAAAGACCACAGAGUGGAGAGCACUGCCCAGCGACGGGCAGCAGACGGCUGCUCCACGUGG